AGGAGGUUUACGCCCUCGGCAGUGAGAAGAGGGUUCUGCUUCUUCGUUUGGUUCUGAGAGAGAGAGAGAGAGAGAGAGAGAGAGAAUGGAGGGUGGAGAUGAGGGGAUCGACAGAAUGGUGGAUUCGAAAGACUUGCAGCAACAGAGCAAAGCACUCGACAAGCUCACCGACCGUGUCGAGGAUCGUCAGCUCAACUCCACCCGAGUCCAGGAGGCUAUGGCAUCAAUUGCUGCAUCUGCAGAAGCUGACUGGAAUGCAAUGAGAAUGAGAGAGAAAGAAUUGGCCGCUGUUAAGAUCAAUGCCGCUGAUGUGGAUAUCAUUGCGAACGAGCUCGAGUUGGACAAGAAGGUUGCAGAAAAAACGCUUCGUGAGCACAAAGGUGAUGCUGUUGCUGCCAUUCGCCACUUGCUUCGUUAAAAUUUCUAACAGAGUUCACUGUAAGCAUGGCCUUCAUUAUGGUGUCUUUUAUUUUAUUUUAUUUUAUUCCCAAAAUGUAAUACAGAACCUUGGUUAAUGUUGUUGUUUUGCGGUUUUAUAUUUUGCUUAUUAGGAUUUGUGGGGCAGCAUCGAUGAUUCCGUACCACAUUUGAUUCAGGCAAUGGAUGGACAUUGGUGUAGGCAUGUCUGAAGAGUUUGUGUAAUUCGGGAUGCUCGGACAUUGAGUGACAUGUUGCCUUCCCAUCAUUCUAUACCAUGCAUUUCUGAUAUUGCAAAUGGACAUCCAUCAAUGAAUCUAAGUUAAAAAUAGAAAUAAUUUCUUUGUU